AAAAGCAGACGACAAGAAGAUAUCCUGGGGGAAAUUAACGAGUUUUACUGCAUUUGUGCGUCGUUUAUGAUAUUUGAUCAAACUUAGCGGAUAAUAUGCGCUAAUUAUAGGAUAUACGCUUUGCACUUUACUCUGGAUUUACUGAGGUACUACAUUACAUAGAAGAUUAAUCUGUGAACAUCUCCAACAAAUAUGGAAGGAAUGGAAUGCAGUAAUUGACAAUGAAUAUGCAGUAAAUCGGGGAAAAGAUGCGGCUUCUGUGGAUUAUCAUCAGUCGAUAACUUACCGAACUUCGUGACGUCCUUGAUUCUUUAUCCGACACCGCCAAGCAGAGGCUGAAGUCAUGGCACAGAGAUUUCGGCACACUGAGAUGAUGGAACUGGAAUCUCCCAGCGAAUCGGAGCACAGAUUAGCGUUGGAAAAUGGCCCUCCAGCGACGUCUUGUGCAUCGCAUCGACUCAUCAGCAUCCCUCACCUUGGAAUCAUCAUGGCCAUUGCGUCGAGUUUCUUCUUCUCGUUGAGCUCGUUGAUCGUGAAACUCGUUCCAGAUGUGCAUCCGGUGGCAUUGGCCACUUAUCGCUUCGCCGGAAUUCUUUUGCCGAGUAUCCCGAUCGUCAUCCGACGAUCCGAGGACCCGUUCCCCAAAGGCAAACGAUGGCUGCUGCUGCUGCGAGCCUUUCUCGGCACGACCAGUUUAAUGAGUCAAUUUUACGCUUUGCGGCACAUGCCACUGGCCGAUGCUUCCGUUAUCAUUUUCAGCGUGCCCGUCUUCGUGGCCAUUUUCGCCCGCAUCUUCCUCAACGAGGAAUGCGGAAUAUUCCACGUGGCCAACAUCUUUCUGACAUUGUGCGGAUGCAUUUUGAUCGCCCGACCGCCGUUCCUCUUCGGUCGAAUGGACGCCCUGCCGUUGCCGGAAGAUGGCAGUGUUUACGACAACGCGUUUUGGGGCGCGGUGGCCGCUUUGUGCGGAACUCUUUUUGCAGCCAACGUCUACGUCGUCAUACGUUCUCUCAAAGGUCUCCACUUUUCGGUGAUUAUGUCGUCGUUUGGCGCUUUCGCCAUUCUGCAAACUUUUAUGACCACUUGGGCCAUGAACGAACUUUGUCUGCCGGCUUGCGGUCACGACCGCUACUUGAUGGUUUUAUUGGCCAUUUUCAGUUUCGCCGGUCAGAUCUUGCUGACGAUGGCUCUGCAACAUGAACAGGCUGGACCCGUUGCCAUUGCCCGGUCGGCUGAUGUUGUCUUUGCUUUCAUUUGGCAGGUGAUAUUUCUGAACGAAAUUCCUGGAUGGAUCAGCCUGAUUGGCGCCCUUCUCGUUACCACUUCAGUCCUAUUGACAGGAGUGCGGAAAUGGGUCGAGGGACUAGACAGUCAUGACCCACUUCGCCAACGGCUCUGGUUUCUCCAGCGAUGAAAAUUGGCCAUUGCCUGGUUAUUUAUCUCCCCCUAUUUUUUUGUUUUCUUCCUCAUUGUCUCUCUCUUAACUGGGCAACUUUUUUUUCCUUUUUUCUUCCUCCCAAAGUUGCGGCCCAGUGAUAGUAUUAAAACAUGAAGCGAAACCAAAGCGUGGAAAAUGAAACAUCCGGGUGCGAACAAGAAAACCAAAUACCAAAGUAAAAAUGAAUCCAGUCAUCAAGUUUUCAAAAUAUAAAAAAUACUCGUGUGUAGGCCUGUCCUGUUUUUGUGCAAUUUGUUUUUGGUGUCCACGUUUCACUUUCAACUCACACACACACACACACAGAUACAGACACCAAAAAAAGGAAAGAGAAAGUUGUUUGUAAUUCACACUUUUGUAGUCAUCAGCUGCCCAUGUCUUGUCUAAAUACUCGAUAGUUAAACAAAACAUUUCUUGGUGUUUUUUUACUACUUUUCUAGAAAUAAUACAAAAAAGAAAGAUCCA